UCAAUGUGGUAGAAACAUGCAAUGUAUCUUAUUAUGUAUGCCGUCGAAUACACUGUUCAUUCUGAUUACGAUAAAAUUGCUCACGUGUCAAUUUUCAAAUUACAAGAUUAAACAUCUCACCGAUCAAUUGUAUAACGAUUGGAGAAUUUUGAAAAGCCCGCAAGAAUGCGAAAUUAUGAAAACGUAUGCAGCAAAAGCAAGAUUGCUUUCUUUGAUUUAUUCUAUGUUCUAUCUCACAGCUUGUCCGAUCUACCCAUUUACUACCCUUACACCAAAGAUAUUAGACAUCGUCAUGCCCCUGAAUAAAUCCCGACCUAUAAUCAUGCCUUAUCCAGCUCACUAUUUCGUUUAUGACGACACAGAAUAUUUCUACUACAUUUUAUUCCACGCUACCAUUAUUGGUACACUAGUUUUAACGGUUCUAGUCGCGCACGACUGCGUAAUUUUGACUUACAUCGAACAUGUCUGCGGCGUCUUUGCCGUUGCUGGAUUUCGUUUUGAAAACUUGGUAUAUAAGCAUAAUGGAAAGAAAAAUGAUAUGGAUAAGAUAUACAAUCAAAAAAUAGUUUCAUCCAUUCAUGUACAUUGGCGAGCUUUAAAAUUCGCGGAGUCUCUCGAAAAUACCUUCUCUGUAAGUUUAUUUAUGCAAUUAUUAAUGAUUAUCGUCGGAACAAGUGUUACCUUGCUGCAAAUGGCAGUGCAAGUAGAAAAUAUUUUUGAAGUAUACAGAAACGCAACAUUUGUCCUUGCCCAUUUGAUUCAUAUAUUCUGCUUCAGUCUGCAAGGCCAAAAAUUGAUAGAUCACAGUCUAAAAAUGCACGAUAAAAUAUAUAACUGUUCCUGGUAUAAAAUGCCAAUGAAAUCGCAAAGGCUACUUUUGAGUGUGAUGAGAAGAAGCAUGCAGCCGAAUAUGUUAAGCGCAGGAAGAAUAUAUAUCUUUUCAUUAAAAAGCUUUAUGACGGUUCUACAAACUUCGAUGUCGUAUUUUACAGUGCUCGCGUCCUUUCAAUAA